AUGACGGAUAACGAUAAGAAUAAUAUUGACGUAAUAGACUCUGACGUACAGGUUAUACACUUUCGACCUGUAUCUUUUAUUCCUCACGAUCCCGAAGUUUGGUUUGCUGCUAUAGAGUCUCAAUUUGAGACCCGUCAUAUUACAAGCCAACGGCAGAAGUACACUUACGCUCUCGAAUGUUUACCGGGAGACCAUUUAGUAGCUGUCCGUGAGGUUGUCCUCAAUUCCAAUGUGCCCAAUGUUUACGAUCGUCUCAAGGAGGCGGUCCUCAGACAUUUCCUUCCAUCGAGGGAGGAACGAUUGAGGACGUUAUUAGCACGUCACCCCCUGGGUGAUGCUAAACCGAGCCACCACCUCACGCGCCUGCAAUCUCUUGCAGGACCCACGGCAGCCGAUUCUGAAAUCGUUAAAGAACUGUGGCUCGAAUCUCUACCAGCAUUUAUCCAACCUACAGUUACGGCCCUGCUCGAGGACGCACCACUGAAACAGGUAGCCCUCACAGCAGACAAAAUUCUAGCUAGGACUGGCAACCGAGACAACUACAUAGUUGCCUCAACGUCGCGUCCGAAAGUCGAUAUCGACGGCAGCCACUCCUCGGCUCAAGGUGACAGGGAAGGGUGUAUUCAUACACGUCUUAGUUUUCGAGACCGUUGUAACGUACCCCAACCCUACGUCCCUCGAGUCCGCUCACGCUCUCGAAAAGCCGUCAACACUCGCCCAACGAGGGCAUCUUCCAAGCCACGCCAAAAGGCGGCUUCGGAAGCGAGUGCAGGUUGGUGCUGGUUUCAUCGAUCCUUCGGAUCUGGUGCCCGCCGUUGUCGAGCCCCGUGCUCAUACAAGGCGGGAAACUCUAAAGCCGGCGAGUAA